AUGUCCUACGUAGUCCCCAUCCACCGCCCCAGCAGCGUCCGCCACGCCCUCUCCCUCAACCUCCUCGACCCCGAUUCCACAUGCCUCGUCGUCGCCAAAUCCAACCGCCUCGAAAUAUGGACUUCGACGCCCACCGGCCUCCAGCUUGCCCACACCCGCACCCUCCAUGCGCGGAUCACAAUGCUCGCGGCCAUCCGGCCCCCCACCUCCUGCACCGCACACCUCUUCGUCGGCACUACGCGGGCACACUACUUUACUCUUGCCUGGGACGCGGCGACGCGGCGGUUGGAGACGGUCCAUGCCUUCGUCGACGCGAGCGAGAAACAUAUGCGCGACGCUGCCGGAGGGGAGAGGUGCGCUGUCGAUCCAUCCGGGCGGCAGCUGUGUUUAAGUCUAUUUGAGGGCGUAUUGAGUUUUGUCAAGGUUAUGAAGCCGAGAAAGGUUGCGGCUGCUGGGAGCUACCUCGAUGACCCGGAGCAGAUACGGAUUACGGAGCUGUUUGUGCGCGCGACGGUGUUUUUGCAUACGGAGUCGACGAGUCCGAAGGUGGCGCUGCUGUAUCAGGAUGGGAGAGAUAGGGUGGGGUUGGCGACAUAUAGGGUUACGGAUGGGAGGGGUCAAUAUGGGGGGUUUGAUCCGAGGAAGGCGAGGGAAGACGAGUUGGGGGUGGAGGUUGGGGCGAGCCAUCUGAUCCCGGUGCCGAAGGGGGAGGGGGUUCAGAGGAGAUAUGUGGUGAGGAAUAAUGCGAGUUUAAAGGCGCAGUUGGGAGGUGUGAUUGUGGUUGGUGAGACGAGGAUGCUUUAUCUGGAUGAUGAGAGCAAGGCGACCGUGGAGCAUGUGCUCGAUGAGGCGAGUAUCUUUGUGGCGUGGACGGCGUACGAUGGGCUGAGGUAUCUGUUGGGUGAUGAGUAUGGGUGGUUGCAUCUGCUGACGCUGGUUGUCGAUGCGGAAGUCGUGACGGGGAUGACGAUCAAGAAGUUUGUGCGGAUCUCUCGGCCGUCGACUAUGGUCUGUCUAGAGGAUGACCUGCUGUUUAUCGGGUCGCAUGAUGGAGACUCGCAGGUCUUGAAGUUGGACUUGGACGCCAAGGUCGCCGAGGUGGUUCAGACUCUGGAUAAUAUCGCACCAAUCGUUGAUUUCACGGUGAUGGAUAUGGGGAGCAGAUCGGAAGAGGCGCGGGCAAAUGAGUUCUCGUCGGGACAGGCCCGCAUUGUUACUGGGAGCGGUGCGUUUCAAGAAGGGAGCUUGAGGAGUGUCCGGAGUGGAGUUGGGUUGGAAGACAUUGGUCAGUUGGGAGAAAUGGACAAUAUCAAGGGGCUAUAUACCCUUCAAACAAACAACUCGGAGUUUCACGAUACGCUGGUGAUAUCGUUCUCGACAGAGACACGAGUGUUCCGAUUUGAUAGCGAAGGGGAAGUUGAAGAGGUGGAGGAGUUCUUGGGUCUCUCCUUCGAAGAACAUACGCUUUUAGCUGCAAAUGUGUCAAACGGCAGGAUAUUACAGAUUACGCCUUCAAAAGCGUUGCUAAUAGACUCGGAGUCCGGUGUAGCUGUCGCAUCAUGGCAGCCAGCGCCAGGAGAGAUUAUCACUGCGGCAUCAACAAACGAGGACUACGCUCUAUUAUCUGCGGAUGGAAAAUCGCUCAUCUCUCUGAAUCUUGAUAACGACUUGUCAGAAAUUGCGCGACAGGACUUUGGGGACACUGAUCAGGUUGCCUGUGUAGAUGUCCCUAAUACUGAAACACCAAUUGGACUUGUGGGACUCUGGCAGUCUGGAUCGGUGUCUAUUAUAGACCUGAGGACACUGCACCCCAUACAAGGUGAUACCCUUCGCAAUGACGACACUGCCGCUGUACCGCGAAGUAUGGUGCUCGCACAGAUUCUCCCAAAGACUUUCGGGCCGACGCUCCUCGUUGCCAUGUCUGAUGGAGUAGUUCACUCAUAUUCUGUCACGCCCUGCACAUUCGCUCUAACAAAUCGAAAGUCCGUUGUUCUCGGCACCCAACAAGCCAACCUGCGUGUCCUUCCCCGUGCGGGCGGCCUUAUGAACGUAUUUGCGACCUGUGAGCAUUCUAGUUUGAUCUACAGCUCAGAAGGACGCAUCAUCUACUCCGCUGUCACGGCUGAAGAUGCAACAUUCAUCUGCCCAUUCAACGCUGCCGCCUACCCAGACGCAAUAGUAGUUGCAACGGCUUCAGAGAUCAAGAUCAGCCAAAUCGACACCGAGCGCCGCACUCACGUAAGAACCCUUCCCAUGGGCGAGACAGUCCGCCGCGUGACCUAUUCUCCCUCCGAAAAGGUCUUCGGCCUCGGCGCCAUCAAGCGCGAGCUCAUCGACGGCGAAGAAGUCAUAGAAAGCUCCUUCCGCCUCGUCGAUGAAAUCGUCUUCUCCGAGCUGGGCAAGCCCUUCCAACUCGGCACCUCCCAAGGUGAGGAACUAGUAGAGGCAGUCAUCCGCGCCCCCCUCCCAAAUACCUACGGCACGCCCCAAGAGCGCUUCAUCGUCGGCACUUCCUUCCUCGACGACAACCCCGGCCUCUCCUACCGCGGCCGCAUCCUCGUUUUCGGCGUCGACUCCUCCCGCAACCCGUACAAGAUUGCUGAGUACAAAGUCAAAGGCGCAUGUCGCUGCCUCGGGGUUAUCGACGGCAAGAUCGUCGCCGCGCUCGUCAAGACCAUCGUCGUCUUCGAGUACACGGAGCUCAGCGGCACCAGCGCACGCAUCGAGAAGGUCGCCAGCUAUCGCACUAGCACGUGCCCGGUCGAUCUUGCUAUUGAGGGGAACACCAUCGCCGUCGCGGACCUGAUGAAGUCCGUCUCGCUCGUUGAAUAUCGCGCCGGUACUAGCGGCGAGGCACCCACCCUCGUCGAGGUCGCGAGGCACUUCCAGAGCGUGUGGGCGACGGCUGUGGCGCAUGUUGAUGAGGGAUGGCUGGAGGCGGACGCAGAUGGGAAUCUGAUUGUGUUGAGGCGCAAUGAGGCGGCGGUUACGUUUGAGGACCGCAAGAAGAUGGAGGUUACUGGCGAGUUUCACCUUGGAGAACAGGUGAAUCGCAUACGCAAGAUCCGAGUAGAUGCGAGUGAGGGUGCUACGGUGGUGCCGAGGGCGUUUUUAGCUACUACUGAGGGCUCCCUCUUCCUCUAUGGCAGCGUCGCCCCAGCCUCGCAGGAUCUACUCCUUCGCCUCCAACAGCGCUUGGCCGAGAAUGUCGAGACGCCCGGCAACAUUCCCUUUACCACUUACCGGUCCUUCCGUAAUGCAGAGCGUGAGACGGAGGAGCCUUACCGGUUCAUUGACGGAGAACUGAUUGAGCGGUUCCUGGACUUGGAUGAGGAGAGGCAGGAAGUGGUGUGUAAGGGAUUGGCUAAGGUGGAGGAAGUGAGGGAUUUGGUGGAAGAACUGAGGAGGAUGCAUUAAGAUGUCUACUAUUGGCGUUUGGUAGGGAUAUUAUACGAUUGAAUGAGUUAUUGGAGGACAGUCGAAGGAAGGUGUGGAUAUAAAAACCAGGGUUCGAGAUAAUGUAGACUCCACCUAUAAAUCACACAUAGAAAGAUCAUAAAAAUCAUCGGAGG